AUGACCUUUUUACAACUACCCUAUCUCUUUUUGGUUACUAGUACUACUAUUAGUAAACUCAAUAGUUAUAGUAUUACACAUUUGUUGACUGUCAACAACAGUUCGAGAAAUUUCAUCAACAAUAGAUUAAACUCGUCGACGUCAACAUCAUCAAAUACAAAUGACCAUCAACAAGAUCAAUUAGAACGACCAACUAUACAAUUCGAUCCAAUAGGUUACUUUGAAUCAUGUUUUCCUCGCAAGAAUGGUACACCUAGACAAGGUAGAUUAACACCUACAUCACAAGGAAAACUCAAGAUUGAUUGUAGACAUGCCAAUCACAUGCUCAAAGGAUUGGAUCAGUACAGUCACGUAUGGGUAUUGUUUUGGUUUCACAACAACUAUCGUAUUGACAAGAAUACCGAUGUUAUCACUCCUCCCGAUGAAGAUAGAAUAAACAAACAAAAACAAAAACAACUAGAAAACAAGAUUGCAAAGGAUCAACUAUUAAAUAAUAAUAAUCAACAAGAACAACAAAUAGACCAAGAACAAGAACAAGAGGAAAAUGAUAUAGAGGAAGAUGAAGAGAAUGAAGAUGGAGAAGAUGAUGGUGAAGAGUCACAACAAACAAAGGAGGAUAAUAUUGUUUCUUCCUCAACUGAAGAAACAGCAAAAGAAAGAAGAAAAAGAUUAAGAAGAGAAAGAAGAGAGAGGGAACCAAGAGAACGUAAAGUACCCAAUCCAUAUGUAUUCACCAAGGAGUUUAGAAAUCCUCCUCAACACGUUGUUAUCAGACCGCCAAGACUCAAUGGAAAGAAAGUUGGCAUUUACGCAAGCAGAUCACCACAUCGUCUCAUCCCCAUCGGAUUGACAAUGUGUAAAUUGGAACGAAUCGACUAUGACACGGUCUAUCUCAGCGGAGUAGAUCUUAUCGACCAAACCCCAGUCAUUGACAUCAAACCAUAUAUUCCAAAAUACGAUUCAGUACCAGAAGCCAUCACACCAGAUUGGAUCGAUUCACCAAGUGACAUUAAAUCUGUCAUAUUCACAGAAGAUUCAUUACAAGGUUUAAAACAAUCUAUUCAACGUAUUGGAUUAAAGACACUAAAUAAUAUAAAUAAUAAUAAUGAUAAUAACAGUGACAAUAUCAACACAAGUAAUCAAGAUAUAGUAGCAAUGAAUGAAAAGAAACUUCAAGAUGAAGUGACAAGAGUGAAAACAGUGAUUCGAGAGAUCCUCAUCAAUGAACCUAGAUCAGUGUAUAGAAGAAAGAAAAAGACUCACGAAAGAUGGGGCUUUUUCGUCGAUAAUUUAAAUAUAGAGUCUCGUGUUGAUCCAGAUGGUUCGGCUCAUGUCUUGGCUAUCAUCGAUUCCGAUACUUAUUUUAAAAACAGAAAACAAUCUCAAGGUCAAUGA